UUGUCUGCUCACCGUACCAUCUUCACCAGCGGCAAUGAGGAUCCUGGUGUGCGUGUUCUUGUGUGGUUUGGUUCUCGCUGAAGAGAAGCAGGUAGAGAAACGGGGGUUGAUUAGCUCCCUGGGUGGCUAUGGAGGUGAUGGAUAUGGAAUAGGCGCCAGCAGCUACAGCAGUGGCGGGCUCAUCGGUGGUGGUUAUGGGGGCGGCUAUGGAGGCGGCUACGGAGGCGGCUUUGGAGGCGGCUAUGGAGGUGGUAUCAGCUCUGCAGUUGGAGGUGCUCGAGUCACCAACAUUGCCAUCACCAAGCAGGUCCCUGUCCCAUACCCUGUAACCGUCCAGCGUACUGUCCCGGUGCCAGUCAAGGUUCCUGUCACGGUGCCAGUCAACAGGCCGGUACCGGUGCCCGUCCCACAGCCGUACCCUGUCCCCGUGCAGAGGCCAGUCCCAGUACCUGUGAGUGUCCCUAGCCCAGUCCCCGUACCAGUACCACAGCCCGUUGUCGUCAACCAGCCGGUACCUGUCGUCGUGGGAGGCGGAGCUGGUAUUGGCGGAGGUCUCGGAGGCGGUUACGGCGGUGGCUUUGGUGGAGGCUACGGAGGAGGCUACGGUGGAGCCAUCGGCGGUGGCUACGGUGGAGCCAUCGGCGGUGGCUAUGGUGGUGGUUACUCUGCAGGCAUCUCUGGAGGCUAUGGAGGCUAUGGAGGCUAUGGGAAAUAUGGACACUAACGUCAGUAGCUGACCUCAACGUCUCAAACGAAACACAACGCCAGAAAUUCAUUGUUUUUGCUUUACAUACGUCUGUAUAGCAGAAAAUAAAUGAGAUUUGAUACAAAAAUUGUGCUAAUGCUGUAUUUCUCUUGUAUCAAGUAUGCAUUACUUUGUUACUCCGUUCUUAUCAGUAUUACAGUUUCUUGUUUGUAUCUGACUUCAGUAAGUGAACUGAUUUAUUGACAAA